AUGAAAAGGUCGAAAGCAAUAACUUUAAGAAUUAAAAAUACACAAGGUCAAACUAUAGUUGGAGUACUUGAAAGAAAAUUUGAUGAAAUUAAUCGAAACAAACUUGGAAUUAUUUGUCAUGGAAUUUUAGUAAAGUUAGCCAAAGUGCUACCAUUUGAUACAUUUCGAUUAGAUUUUCGUGGAAAUGGAGAAAGUGAUGGAGUACCCAAAUUUUCAAAUAUUGAAGAAGACGCAGAAGAUAUAAUUACAGUUUACAAAUACUUGGAAAAAGUAUAUGGUUAUUCAUUAUAUACAUUAAUAGGACAUUCAAGGGGAGCACUAGCAGCGUUAUAUUAUGCAUCAACCAUAAAUUUAAAUAUUCCAUAUUUGGUGCUAAUAUCAGGACGUUUUAGGAUGCAAAGUUUAAUCCAACGAUUUAAUAAUGAACAGUUGAGAGAUUUGGAGAAAAAAGGAUGGACUAACUGGACUUCAAUAAAAAAUGGUAAAGGUUUUGCAAUGAAAAUUACCAAAAAAGAAUUUGAUCAUUGGAUGAAUUGGGAUACUACUACUCUUGGCAAGUAA